UUCAUUGACUCUGACGAUCAGCUGUGUUGACGUUGAGUUGAUAAACGAAAGAGGGAGAACAGUGUCAUAGCACCGCAAGAAUAUCUCUCCUUUUACAACAAUAAAAAAUAUCCACCCAAAGGAAUCCUAAUAAAUUAAUUUGAAGUUUACAAAAUGUGAAACUAAAGUGAAAUGACCAUGGAUAGUAGCAGGUCUCGUUGAGCGAGAGAGAUAGGAAUCGUCAAUUGCCAUGUAGGUUUUACAUGAUGAUGAGGAUUAACUUUAAGACGAUCCUGAUUGUAUUGAUUGCCGCUGUUGUAAGCUCAAUAUUGACAUCAUGGAAUGGCUGUGGGACCGGAUAUUUUUUGAGAAAUGGCCAUUUUCAGCACAGGAAGGAUCGUCUCGCCAAUGUCGAACCAGACUAUCAGGAAAUCGAUUGCAAUAUAAACGGUGGAUACUUAAUAAGUUGUCGACGGGAGGGAGAUGAAGUCUACAUUCCCUUCUCCUUCAUUCAAAAGUACUUUGAGGUUUACGGUAAAUUGGUAACUUUCGACGGUCUCGAGAGAUUCGAGUGGCUCCACAGUUACUCGAAAAUCGUCAGCCCCAAGGGAAAAUACGACCCUCGCGGUGUCUUCAUGACAUUCGAGAAUUACAACGUCGAAGUGCGCGACAGAGUGAAAUGCGUUACUGGUCUGGACGGUGUGCCAAUGUCAACGCAGUGGGAGAGCCAGGGCUACUACUACCCAACGCAAAUAGCGCAGUUUGGUCUGUCCCACUACAGUAAAAAUCUGACCGAGCCAGAGCCCCACCGUAAAAUCAUUGAAGACGCCGAGAAAACAAAACCAGAUUGGACUGUUCCCCAGGGAUCGGUAUUGUCACGUCCCUACGAUACUCAAACCAACAGUUACAUAUUGAAAUACGCCACCCCUGACACGACAACCUCCAGCGGCAUUUCCCUGCAUUUAGAUCACGUCCUUUCAUUCGUAUUGAAAUUAGACCUGAGCAUAAAGGACAACGCCAGCAUUACGGUCGUCAUGCAGCAACGCGACAAAAAGGAUUCCUACUAUCUCCACUACACAACAACCAGUGUCGUCCUCGAGUCCCUCAACAAUCACAUUUACUACGGAAUUGGCAGCACAAAUAACCAGUGGAGGAGACUCACCAGGGACUUGGCAGUCGAUUUGCAGAAGGGUCUGAACUUCAGUGACAAAGGAAAAUUCAAAAAGCUGUCGAGGUCAAAAUUAAAGCUCACGAAGAUCAUUCUAAAUGGCUCUGGGAAGAUCGACAAUGUGUCGUUGUCGACGAGUGAGCAUAUGGAGCAGUUUUACGAUUCCGCAAAGUGGUUCGUCAAUAAUCAGAAUGUCACGUCCGGGGGCUGGGCCAAUCCAGUGAGGAGAAAAGUUGCCAGUGGUAUGGCGAUACUGGAGCCCGGCUGGUACUCGGCGAUGGGCCAGGGCCACGGAAUUUCGGUUCUGUCGAGAGCUUAUUAUCACUCGCAGGAUGAGAAGUAUCUCCAGGCCGCUGUCAGGGCCCUCAAACCCUUCAGGGUCCCUGCCAGCAAAGGGGGGGUGGCAGCUAUGUUUUUCGAUAAGUUUCUCUGGUACGAGGAAUAUCCCACUAGUCCCUCUUCGUUCAUUCUCAAUGGCUUUAUUUAUUCCCUCAUUGGGCUGUACGAUUUGAAGUCAAUUGCCUCGGGGAGAGGGGCUGAGGAGGCUGCGGAAUUAUUCGAUAAGGGAAUGCUCUCUCUUAAGAAUAUGUUGACACUCUAUGACACGGGCUAUGGCACCACUUAUGAUCUACGACAUUUCACUUUGAAAACAGCACCCAAUCUGGCCAGGUGGGACUACCACUCGACUCACAUCAAUCAGCUACUUCUACUCAGUACUAUUGAUAAUGAUCAGUUGUUUGGAGUGACUGCGGAGAGGUGGAUUGGGUAUAUGAAUGGCAAAAGGGCUGCUCAUAAUUGAUUUAGCGGGAACAGUCGUGUCGAAGUUCUCAUGUUUUAUUUCCCCGGUGAUGAAAGAACAUUUAGUUAUGAGGUAGCUCCCCCUCAAGCCCUGCGGACGGUAACUUCAAGGGAAAAUGAGAUUUUCAUUGAUGAGAGGAGUGUUUUUGGAUGGCGCAGACGUCAUGUGCUACUAAUUUUUCGUUAGUUCUCGGGGGAAAUAGUUUCACGUGUGACAAAAUUCAAGAGAAAACCUUGAGGAAUUCUGUUGAAAUUCUGUGGGGAUUCUAUUGAAAUUUUAGGGAAUUUUCGUGAAAAUUUGAUUUGUUUUUGCGCAGAUUCUAUCAGAUAUUUGAUUGGAAAAAAAUAGUUAUUAAUUUUCCCUUACUUCGAGGGGAAAACAGUUUCAUUUGUAAAAAAAAUUCAGUUGAAAACCUUAACGAAUUCUCUAGAAAUUCUAUUGAAAUUUUAGGGAAUUUUCGUGAAGAUUUUAUUGUUUUUUUGCACAGAUCCAACUAGAUAUUUGAUGGGAAAAAGUCAAUAGAUUUUCUGUCUGAAUUCUUCUCUUGAGAUUCCCCAGAAUUUUCCUUGGAAUGCCAACAGAAUUUCUAGAGAAUAAGGUCUUCUACACAAUUUUUUCGUAUGUGUUAUCCUAUUUUAUGCAGCAACACUGGCAUUUGUAGAUAAUAGAAUUAAUUAAUGGAUUACUUCAAACUGAAGGAAAAUUCAUACUAAUGUACAGGGUAGAAGCGUAGCUCGUACCAGUGUCUUCAAAUCCAUCUCCACCUGAAGAGUUUUUAUUUAAAAUAUUUAAUGGAGAGAAUUGUUUUAAUGCAUUUGCAGUCGAGUUAUGCACUCGAGUUGAAUAUUCAAUUUGUUUUUGUACA